UUCUAGAGAAAUCUGUUCGUGGCCAGUGUAAUGGAAGAGCCUCAGAUCAAUGACUCUUUUCAACAAGAACUUGAAGAUUUCAUUAGAAAGCAGAAAGCCAGAGGAUUACAUCCAAGGGUCAACUUCAGAAAUAUGGCAGAGAACUCUGUUUACCAAGAAAGAGACCGUGUCAACUCUGGAGCUUCAAUGCCCUCAUUCAGAGAGCAUCCCAGAUCCUCUACUUCCUAUGAAUGGUGGACAGGGGAAAACAUGGUACCUCACUGCAGACCAAGACUGGAAUCUCUAAGCCAUCAUCAGAAGAACCAGAAUCAAGACAGAAAGGAAAUGCCACGGCACCAGGUGCAGGGAGGAGCUGCCUGUGCUGAGCAAGAGUCGCCCAAGAGGAAACACCACAGAGAGAGGGCUUCACGCGAAGACGAGGAGGGCCUCAGAAGAAGGAAGUUCUCAUCAGAAUUAGCGGGUACUGAGAAGUCCAAGCACAGAAAGGGGACCCGCCAUGAUGGAAAAGGCCCCACCAGAGGCAGGCACCAGUCUCAUCGACAGAAGGAACCAGAGGAGAGGGAUUUGUGGGAUGAAGCGAUCUUGGGUGGUUGCUCCUGAUGUUUGGGCGUUUGGGGUCCCAAGAGUCGGUGACUUGGUUCUG